AUGUUAUUACCUCUUUCAUUAACAAUGGGCAAUGACCAAUACACUUGCAGCGAGUGUGACAACCAAGUUAUACUAGAUGAUAGCUUAAAACGACUCAACCCAUCGCAACUUAAUCUAAUUGUCAACACAAAGCAGAAUAAAGAAUUCGACAAAGUUGAAAAUGAGCAAUUGAGUGAACUAAACCCCCGUGAUUACUUAUCCACCGACAAGUUAGAACUUUAUAGCCAGCUUCCAAAACAAGCCAAGCCAAUGCACUACAAGAACUACUUUGAUAGUGAAGAUGAAAGAAGUGACGAGGAGCUGGAUUCUCAUCUAACGAAAUCAAAUUCCAAUUCAGAUAUAAAUUCGUAUUUAGUCGUGGACGAAGAAGACAAUGGGCUGGAUGCCGAAAAGCAAACCGAGCCAGUUGAAGAGGAAGAAGGAUUUGAACUCAGAUUAUCGAGCCGUAUCAAGGUUUUGGAAAAUAUUUUCAACAUUUUAUCAAAUACUCAAGAUAUUGAACACCCGCUUAGUCAUGAUUGUGCCAAUUUGCUAUUGGAGAAUUACCAAUUGAAAUUUGACCAAUCGCAAAAGGAAAAAGAUCAGUAUUUAGCGUUUUUGAAAAGAUUAAAAAUGCAAGAUCAGCGGUUGAAUUUGUACCAGGAAGAUGGUAAAGUAAAGGUCCAACUUGAUGUCCAAGAAUUGGAGAAAAACCUCCAACAAUCAUUAAAUGAAUUCAAAAGGUUAACAGAUUUGGAACAGGAUCGGCUCAGUGAGUUGAGAGAGUUGGAGUUUACUCGAAGGGGUUUGGAGUCACGAGUACGAUCAAAUGAGGAGGAGUUGAAAUCAAUAAACAACAACCAGGUAAAUGAUAUCCUUAGACUUCGAAACGAACUACAACUUGAUCUUGGCGAUAAGCAGACUAAAUUAGAACAGCUCAAGGCGUCCUACAACAUCCACUUGAACCACUUGGACAAUUUACGAAGUUCCAACAUUUACAAGCUAAUGUUUAAUAUCAAGAUUGACGACAAGUAUGCCAUGAUCAAUGGGUUUCGCAUAGGUUACAAAAUUGUCUGGCCUGAAGUCAAUGCUGCAUUAGGACAGAUAGUGUUACUACUCACAUUAAUAACUAAACGUCUUGAUCUACGAUUAAAGAAUUACAAAUUGGUUCCCAUGGGGUCACAAUCACACAUUGUCAAGUUUACUGAUGUUGAGGAAAAUGGGGCUCGGCAAAAGAAGAUUCUCAAUUUGUACUCUUCGGAUGAGUUUACCUUGGGCCGGCUAUUCAAUUUUAAUAAAAUGGACGUGGCAAUGAUUGCAUUGUUGGAUAUUGUUGCACUAGUUGAGUUGCAAUUGAAAAAAAUAGAUGCUGAGCUUGAGUUGCCGUACAAGAUUUUCAAGGAUACUAUUGGUGGUAGAAGUAUACGAGUCACUUCAAAUUCGGAAUGGACCCAGAGUUGUAAGAAUCUAUUGACUUGUUUAAAUUGGAUCUUGACUUUUGUUAGUGCCAACACAACUAGCUAA